AUGAGUUCGUACGGGCUCGAUCUCCAGCACCUUUACUCCAACACGAUCAACCUGGACAUACCAAUAUCUCGUGCCAUCAGGGACCAAGCCGACCAUCGCUUCAGACGAUUCGGCCAGACCCGUCAAGUCGUCUCAUGGAACUUGUCCAUGAAAGGCACCGCGAAUGACCGACGACUUGUUAACAACUUGGGAAAGGCUAUUCCCCAUGUUGCAUCGGAGUUAAAUGGCUCCAUCUUUGAUAUCCAGUCCGGAGUGGAAGAAGGUGAACCCUUCAGCAUUGGUGAAUGGAUCAUCUACAAUGGGGAGCUCAUGAAACCUGAUGGUCCAAGUACUGUUGUGGAAGCUGGGGACGAUCCACCGCGAAUCCUCGAACCAAGGAGGUCAUCGAACAAAUUCUUUACGAAGAAGAAGGUCGGCGGGCUGACUCAAGCCGCCUCCACGAUUCUGCACCACAUCAACUUUCGAUGGUAUCGGCCACCAUUCUUUCAACCAAUCACUGCUCUAUGA